GGUUUACAUGCCGAGAAAUUUCGUUUCCAGCUCAUGGCAAAAGCAAUGGUGGCAAGUGGCCCCCGUGGGGGCCUCCCAUUAAGGACUGACAGGAGGGGGUUCCAAUCAGGGUCAAAGAGGGCCAAAGCUCAAGUGCUGAAAACUUACUCUCAAUUGGUUGUCUUUUUUGACAAUAACCCUAAAGUGGUAGCAUAAGAACCAAAAUUAUGCCCUUGGUAGCAUCCAUUUCUUUGCGCUCGUCUGGUCCUACUCUUACUUUGACAAAUUUCUUUUCCAUUGACUGUUGUCGAUUCGGGGAAGAUAAGAUCUUGUUUAUCGAAACCGGGCCAAUUGGUAGCCAUUUGGUAAGACCCUCAAAUCGACUAAACCCCCUGUCAGGUCUUAUUGGGGUAUGGGAAUACCCCCGGCAAGCGGCAAUCGUUGUAAAAUGUUUACCAGCCAGCCUCUAUUGCAAAUGUCCCGGUUUCGAACGAGGUAGCAGACAUGGCGGGAGAAGGUAGUAGACUGGAAGCUGAGACUCCUGAAAACCCGUCUUUCCUAUUCCCUUCUGUGUUAUUAGAUCAGAAGCAAGAUACAGAAUGUACACUAGGGGAAACUGAAAAAGUAUCCAAAAAAUUGUCAGGAUUCAGCAGCUUUAGAGAUGUAAAUGUAAGUAAUUCUUGCCAAGGAAGUGACGGUAAAGCGUUAGAUACUCAUGAAAGUUGUCCUUCUGUUCCUGCUUUGGGUGAUUGCUUAGAUGAUAAUUCAGAGGAGGAGGUAGAUCAUUUAGAGAAUAAAAAGCGGAAAUUGUCAUCUUCAGACACAGACAGUAAAAAUAGAAGAAACAAGAAGAAGAAAAAGAAAGAGAAGAAAAAGAAAAAGAAGAAGAAACACCAUCAUAAAGUUGAUAAGAAAAUCAGUUAUGAUAAAAAUAAACCUGAUACAAUUUGGCUAGAAGAGACAGCGCUCAAAAUUGAAGAAGCAUUUAGAUUUGAUAAAAGAGAAUGCAAAGAAAAUCUUCAAUUUGACACAUUUUAUAGACUUGACAUUGCUAAUUAUAAAAGAAAAAGUGAAAUAGUUUGUCUUGGGUUGAGAAAAGAUCAAUAUUUUGAAUGGACUGAUCAAAGAAGUACCAAGAAAAGACUAAAAGAUGGUUCUGUAAAAAAGAGAUACUUCACUAAAUUGAAGCAAGAAAGUAUAACUGCAAAUAUUGACAUUGAAAAUGAGCAGCAAAUAACCAUUCACAAUAAUGAGGAGAAUAACCAAAGCACUUUAGAAGAUGCAAAGCAAUCUCCCAGUAGUUUAAAACACAACCAAGAAUGUGAAGCACAUACAUUCAGCCAGAAGACAGAAUAUUUAAACCGAAGUCUCAGGAACAAUCCAAAAGAUGUUGAUUUAUGGUUACAACUGGUAGUACUACAAGAUGAGGCUUUUCAAAAUAAAAAUGAGCUGGAGAUAUCUUCAACUUUUAAUGCUCAAACCACCAAAAAUAGAAGUUAUAGAGCCAUUGUAGAAAAAAAGCUAAAAAUCUUGGACAGAGCACUUUCAUCCAAUCCUGACUCAUUGUUGCUAAUAAUAGAAUACAUGGAAUGCUGCAGAGAAAUCUUGGACUUCACUCAAGUUAAUAACAAAUGGACAAAUUUUACAUUCAAAAAUCCUAACAAAGGUAUUCUUUGGGGAAGAUACCUUAUGUUUCUGCAGUCUGAUUUGUCAAAUUUUUCAACAACAGCUGUGAUAUCAGCUUAUCAUAAGUGCUUCAAAACAAUGCAAGCAAUUGCAGAUGGUACAAUUAGGACACACAAAUGCGAGGAUGAUCAUGUAUCUAACAUGAUGUGCAUCUUUAUACAGUAUUGUCAGUUUUUGCAUCAGUCAGAUUUACCAGAGAAAGCAGUUGCCUCCAUGCAAGCAAUGAUUGAGUUUAAUUGUUUCACUCCAAAAGACCUAGACAAAAUUCCAGCAUCAGGGCAGAAAGAGUUUUUUGAAGCAUUUUUGGAUAGUGAGGUGCCAAGAUUUGGUGAAGAAAUGGCUGAAGGCUGGGAAAGCUGGAUGCAUGCUAAAAAUAAUCAAGUGGUGGAUGAAAUGGUUGCUCACAGAGAGGCUGCAGAUGCUCAGGUAUGUGUAGAUGAAGACAAUGAUGCUAGCAAGGAAAAUGUGGAUAGGUCUAAAAUGAAGUCGGUCAAUUGGUUGAUGAUAGAGUGUCAGCGGCAGGAUAGAAUGUGGAGACCUUUGAGGCAGAGCGAGGAGAGGGAAGACUUUGUUGACCCUGAUCGUGUUGUGCUUGCUGACGACAUUCUUCCAUGCCUGUUUAAACUACAGUCCGAAAAAGAUAGGUUGAGCAUUUUACUGUUCCAUUUAUCAUUCUUGGGCGUCCCUGUAAAAAAGGAAUUUCUGAGUAGUAGUUGUUGGAGAAAGCUCUCGGAAUUUGGAUUUACACCCAAGUUUUUGAAGAUAUUUUCCAAUACAGUCGGAUCAGAAUUUGUUUGCUUAUAUUCGCCAGUGAAUUUUGAAAUCAGCAGCAACAAUGCUACAAAAUUAGAGGAGCACCGCAUCAGUUACGUGGAGGAGGUUUUCUUACAAUCACUCAAAUUGGCUGGAAGAUAUUCACAGCAAUUUUCAAACACAGUUAGUCAGUGCCUUCUGCUUUUUAAAAUCCUAUGCAUAAAAAGUCUGUAUGAAGACAGUCGCGGGAUCAAAGAUGCUGUGAAGAAAACAAGGAAGUUUGGCAGAUCAUUGUUAAAACAAACGGCAAAUAGAAACUGUCUGGAACUUUGGCAAAUUUUUGCUUAUUUUGAGCACGAUUUUGGGAAACAUGAGGAAGCAUUUAGAAUUUUGGAUAUGGUGAUAGCAAUGUGUAUUGCAGAGGAGCCUAAGGAUACCUCAAAGUUUUCUUGGAUCUUCAGGAACUAUGCAAUGUUCUUAAUGCAGUCAGUUGAACAAGGAACAGAAAGUGCAGGCCAGGUUGAAAACAAGAUUGUCAACCUAUUGCUUCUUCUAGGACAGGAUCCAUCCACCUCAUCGAGUUCUAUUUCGAACGAGAAAGCAAAUCCGUUGCGAAUAAGGCGUAUAAAAGAGGGCUUCAAAGAAUCAUUCACCAGAAUUCUUGAUGACGUAAGAUCACAACAACCAAACAGGGGCUCGAUGCGUCACAAGCUUCAGCAGCAAAAAUUUGAAUGGGUCCUCUGUUUUGCGUUGAUUGUGUAUUUUACUGAGAGCAAAGAAGCAUUCAACUCUGUUUUAGAAGAACUCAAAAACAAUAUUCAAUUAGAUGAAGACAAAUCUUUGGAGCUAACGCAUUUCAAGGUAGCAGUGCUACAGUAUUCAUGCACCAAGCUGCGUACGAAUGUGCCAAAGUUACGAGAAGCAUUAUGGGAUGCCGUGGAGAGGUUUCCUUCUGACUUAAAGCUGAACGAAAAAUUGCUUGAAGUAGAAAACAAAAGCAUUGCUUCGCUGAAGAUCAGAAGGCACCACCAUCGAAUUUUAGCAAAUGCAGAUUGUCUACUUUUGUGGUAUUUUGCUAUAAACUAUGAAGAACAGCGGUUGAAGACCUUGAAAUUGUCAAUAUCGCUUGAUGAUAUCAGCUGUUUGGACAAGACCAUUGCUGCAAGUGACACCGUGUUUACUACUCUGCCAAAUGCAGGCAUCAUCAAUCGGAUUCGUAGUCUCUAUGACAGGGCAACGUCAAGCCGUGAAGGGCGGUCAUCUGUUCCAUUAUGGCGAAGAUUUUUCCAGUUUGAGGUAGAAAAUGGUGGCUCAAGAAGGUCGAUAAAUGUAUUUUAUGCUGCAGUACAGAAUUGCCCUUGGUCAAAGGACAUAUACCUCGAUGCCAUCAAGGUACAUGGAAAUGAGUUCGAAAAUAUCCUGGACAUCAUGCAAGAGAAGGAAAUCCGGGUUCGUCUUCCUGUUGAAGAACUUGAAAUUAUGUUGGAAGAAUAAAAUUGAACUUUCAUCUCAGUACGCGUUCCAUCUUAUGUUUCGUUGAUACAUCUUCUAUUACGAAGAAAAAAUAAGGAAUAAUUUAUCUUGUUCCUUAUUUUAUCUUGCAAUUACCAAGGCGUGACCAUGGUUAAUUAAAUGAGGGAGUUAAAUGGAAAUGAGUACAGGGGCGAGGCCUUUUGAGAUGACCAAAUGAAUUUGACAUGGAGUGUAUGUCCCAAUGCAUGCAUCGCAUAACUGACAUGUAAACUUUGAUAACUUUUAGAGGAUAUUUUGAAAAACCAGCACUUAACCAUAAUAGAAAAUUUUUCUCGAAAAAAUUGGGCGAACAUUUUUUUAGGAGGGGGCAUUGUCCUCACGAAACCCCCGCAUGCACCCCACUGCGUAUCGUUGGUCGCCUUUGGCAGCGGUGUGUUGUUUAAGCCUUCAAUGCAAGUUGCGAACCGCAAAUGUGCCAUGCAGGGGAUACCGCACAUAACAUAAUUGUGUCAAUAAAUCUGUUUUGACCGUGUUUGCUUUAAUUGCAAGCCGUGUCAAAUGAUUCCGAAGAUUUGUGCUCACAAAAAAGCAGCCUAUAUAUAUUAUGUCCUUGAUUUUACGUAAAUGUUUUCGUAUCGACUUUUAGUAAUUAUUGUGUUUGUAAGUAGCCAAGUUAAAAGUGUAAAUAAUAAAGCUGAAUUUAC